CACAAAUUAAGGAAAAUUAUUGUUUGCUCAAAAGAUAAAACUUUGCUUGUGCUAAAGGGAAUCAUAAACCUUAGUUCAUCCAGAUGUAUAAACUCAUAUUUUACAAGUUAAAUCUACCUACCUUUUUUCUUGUAUACAUUUUAUUUUAUUUCUUUCCCCUUUAACCAGCCAAGCAGUUUAUAAAAAUAAUCACGUGACUUGGCACAAAGUAUCAAGCCAGGGCGGAUUUUGGGUUCUGAGAGAUAAAUGCAAGCCCAAAAAAAAAGAGAAAGUAUUGGACGUGUAAUACAAAUUCAACUGCACUUCUUUUAAUAUUUGUCAUGGUCGAGGAAUCUCAGUUUAUUCAAAAUUAUCUUGGUGCUCUUUCAUCAAGGUCUGUCCGUUUUGGAGAGGACUUUAACCCUCGUGCUAUCCUUCAUUUAAGACUCAAGAGAAAACCUGAUAAUUCACCAAAGAUUGAACCCGAACCCAAGGUGGCCAAGACCACUGCAGACGAAACCCGUGAAGAAACCAUACAAGUUACCAUCAAGAUUGUCAAGCCAGCUUCUCAAUUUAUCAUUGCUCGACUAUCACCUGAUGACACCAUUUCUACUCUCAAAAAGCGCAUUUACCAGCAGCAAAGCGCGUAUCCAGUUGGUCGACAGCGCCUCUUGAUUCGUGGAAAAGUAUUGGCUGACAACAAGAAGCUCAGCGACUACAAUGUUGCUAAUGAGACAAUCAUACAUUUGAUGUUAUCCGCUGCACCAAAGGCUGUUGUGGAAGAUGUACCUAUAACUGGUCGCUUUGGUGUUUCUUUAGCUACUGAACAAGCAAUUGAUAGCCCUGACUUCUGGAGUGCAUUGGAAGCCACAGUUGCGUCAAAAGUGUCUGCUCAAGAUACACCACUGAUUAUGGAUAAACUGAAGCGAGCCCUUGCUUAAUUUUUUUUUAAUUUAAUCCUUUUCUUUCCUUCGU